UUCAGGGGAGGUGUGGCGUAUUCCACACAACCCUAAGGGGCUGCGCAUCUUUUUGGUACUGAAGAGCCUAAGCAGUGCUGAGCUUAAUUCAUCAAUACUUUCAUCUCUGUCUGUUUUCUAGGACUGCUCCUUUUUUGCCUGCGAAAGAAGUUCACCUUGUUUGGAUGUUCUGAGGGAAAGGGGAAAAAUGAACAGCUUGGAAGAAUGGCUUGUGGAGAACAAAAGCAAGAUUGAAAAGGGGGUGGAGCUUGUAGGAGAGGGGUGCGAGGUGCUGGCGGCUACUGUGGGGAAACUCCACCCCCUCCUGGAAGCCGUCUUUCGGGCUGCCGCCCAGAUAAUCCACAGCCCGGGAAGCGCAGAGAGUCGCUACCUGACGGAGCAGUUCCGGAGGCUGGACCAGAAGCUUGCCGGCGUCAGCCAGGAGGUAGACAGCAUUACCCGGGAAUUACAGCGGGUCUCCAUCAACAAGCAGAACUUCGACUACGAGGCCCAGAUGAUCAGCCAGUAUGAGAAGUUCCAGGACUUCGUCAAUGCAACUGAGUUCCAGCAGAAGAAGAUGGAGAAGUUCCUCCGCCAUUUUGAGAACACUGGGGCUGACCUGAAUCUGGAUGCCAUAUAUGGUGCAGUCACUGGAAGCUCUGGGGAGCCCCUGCUGGAGACAGUGCUGGCCAUAGAGCAAAGAAGCCGCAGGGCUGUGGAGGAAUUCUGCUCGGGGCUGAAGAAGCUUUUCAUCAUGGGCAUCAUCGCGGUUAUGGGCCAUGCCGCCCUAAAUCAGGGCGAGGUGGGCGAGGAGCUGGUGAGCAAGUGGCAAGAGAGGAUGGGAGAGGUGGAGAGGCGCAUGAAGGCCGCUGUGGAUGACUGUAAGGAGAAUUUUGCUGUGCAGGCUAAGAUGGAUGUUGAGCACCACCUACUGGAUAAGGAGGGUAGUGUCAACCGCAAAUUCAUCGAGCCCCUCCUAACCUUUCUAGAUAAGAAGUACGACUGGGUGGCUUGGUCUGUCCUUGUUUUUAAACACAAGGAGCAUUUUCCAUUGCAGCAGUUGGCUGGGAAAGAAUACCUUGGCAUCAGUGGCAGCAGAAAUUUCUUUGACAUUGUGACCAAGGAUAACAUCAGGAUGUUGGUCUCCUUCAGUGUGGAGCCUGUGCCCAUCGACAAAAGCCAGAUCCAGGAUCAGAUCGAGGGGCAGCCGCUGAAGGGGAAAAUGGCAGAUGUGGCUCAGUCGCUCAGUGACCACCUACCCAGCUGUGCUGUGUAUGCAAUUAGCAGAACCAAGUCAGCAGCUGAGUCCAACACCUUUCCUGAUGACUGCUACUAUUAUGAAAGUCACAAGAAAGCGCACUUCUGCAUCCACUCCAAAUAGCCCUUAACAACGGAAUUCAUUAGCUGAUUACCAAGUACAGUCACCUCUUAACAUUAGUGAGGGUAAAGGACGGAAGAUCCCUGCAAAGGUGAUUAUUUGUGAAGAAUAAUUAGCUCCAUUAUUAAAAAAAGCAAAAUUAACGGCACUGAAAAGUUUAAAAGUUACUGAGAGAAACACGAGGUUCCACAAUCACAGAAACACUUAACACGUGAGAUUGGUUCCUGAGACAGAGAUGCUUGACGUACCCAUGUCAAGAUAUGUAGACCCCACACUACUCAGUUAUAAUUUUUCAAAUACCUUUCAAUAUUAAAGAUAUAGUAUGCAGUUACAAUAUCAAAUAUUAAAUAAAAUAUUUUAUUUUUAAGAUAUUUAUAUAUUAUAUGCUUUCAUGUGAUCCAAAUCAUUUUCAGUAUUGUUCAUACCCUUUUGGCUUACACAUCAUCCAGAAACUCGUGAAUAACUGAAUCUGCAAACGUCAAAUUCACAAAUGUGGGAGGUGACUAGGAAGAUAUUCUUUAGGUAAAAUGGACACUAAUUUGGACAUUGUUUCUCAUCAUAUACCUGCAUGCAUUGUGUGGGCCCAUUUGGACAGUGUUAUGCUUAGAGUCACCUGUAUAAGUAAGAUGCAAUUCACACUAAUGUUUGGACAGGCAUCUGUCUUGUUCAGUUUUUGGAUCAUCCCUUGCAGUAACUAUUAAUGCAUUAUUGAGAUAAAUCUACCCAGUGACACUGUACUGAAUAAGCAGUUGGAUGAUGGAUGGAUGGAUGGAUGGAUGGACGGAUGGAUGAUGCUAAUCUAUAUAGUCACAUCCAAACCUGCCAUUUGUCACCUGUAAAAUAUCUAAUUCUAUAUUGCCACGGACGCCUUUCGCUUCAUAAACCAAAUUAAGCAAUUUUACACACAAAUUAAUGUUGUAAUGUCCUUCAAACUAUGAAAUCUGCUAUUUGCCAUUAAUGAUCACAAAGGUGCAUUAUAAAAGUCAAGGUCAAUAAAUAAAAAAUAAUAAUAAAAAAAAUAAUAAAAAAAUUAAAUAAAUAAAUAAAUAAAUAAAAUAAAUAAAAUAAAAGUCAAUAGAGAAUUGUUUGCUGUUAGUGUAUUUUAAUAGUGAGUAAUCAUAGUGAUGUUGCAUCUGUCUGUGUGCGUUAUGUACUGUCUUUUCUGCAGGUUAUAUCUUACAUCUUCUUUUCUUUUUCCCAAUACAAUGUAACUAGUUACCUCAUUCUUUGGCUUUUUGUGUUAAAUAUUUGUGUUUCACAGUCAUAGAUGAUUUUGCGGUGAUUUUAAGACACCCCCAUUUCAAGAAGAAAUUGUUUAAAAAACCUACAGUAUUUGUAUCUCAGUACAGUCUGAUACAUAUAAAUAGCUUUAGUCAUCUUGGUUGCAUGUGUCCAACCUACUACGACAGAAGAAAGUUACUAACAAGCGUGACAUCAUCCAUGUAACAUGCUGCGGUGGUGAUGUGUUUAACAUGUAUCGAUAAG